UUGACGCGGCCCAAUGCCGGACGGAUUGAAACGGCGCCGAUAAGAUUGAAAGUUAAAUGAAAUAUUCAAAUCAAACAUGAUGAAUGUCUCUAUAGGCCAUUAAAUAUGCCCACCAAAGGAAGUAAUAUUUUUUUCUUGUGAAAAGUGCAGCAUCACGGAAAAGCAAAUAAAAAAAAUAACAAAAAGACAAUAAAAGAAAGAAUAAAGAAAAAAAUUUACGAAGAUUUGAAUUUGAAACAAAAAUGCCAUUAACAAAAACGAAAUCCAAUUGAAAUUGCUUUCAAAUCGUAAUCACGAUACGCUUGGCGUAUUUGUUUUUGGCUCUUGGGUGUGCGUGCGUGCGUGCGUGCGAGCGUGAAUGCAUGCAUGGCAGUAACUUGAGUGAGUGAGUGAACGAGUGUCUGUGUACGGUGAUCCUUUGAAGAGGACACGGUUUGUCAAGAGUGUCGCAACCAUUUAUACUUGCUGAUGCUGGUGUUUGUUGUAAAGUAAAGCUGCGUUGGUGGCACUUUGCUUGCGAAUGUAUAACCAAAAACACCAACUACAACUACAACUAUCAGAAAAAUCAAGCAAAUCAAACAAAAAGGCCAACGAUGCUUCUACGUGUUGUUGUCCACUUAAAAACUCAUGAGCACCAACAAUGUUUCGCAAACAAGAAAAAGGAUAAAACAUCUAACUAAUCUAAUGCCGAAAGCUAGCAUUCACCAAAGUGGUAUUCCAAACAAGCAGCAAGGCCAUUACUUGAUGAAGGCCAUACACAAUCGAAGUUUAAGUGACUAAAAUAAAAUGAAAUAAUCAAAAAAAAAAAAAGAAAAGGCAACCGCAAAACAACAUGGAUACUACCUUUCAAGGAUAUUCAGGAAAAUAAAUAAACUCCAACUGCAGUUAACAAAACUUCAGCAAUUGGAUUUAAAAUGGCAUUCUCAACCAGGAGAAUACUCUGGACUACGCCACAAUAAGCAAAAAAAAAAAAAAAAAACAUUCAAAUUGAAAACUAUUUUCCAAUAUCUAUAAAGAAAAACAAACUCUAAAAAAAAGGGAAAAUUGCCAAAGUUCAAAAAACAGUAAGUGUGUCCUUUUGUGAAAAAAUGCCUAAAACUGAUUCACAAUUGCUCAAGUAUGUAAAGCAUCAAAAUGUGGCUUAAGUUCAAAAAUGUUGCCACAUUUGUAAUUGAAACGUUUCAUUUGUUGCUAUUAACUCUAAUACUGGGCCAUACAUUCCAUGUUAAGCAAAUUGACGAUUUGUUCGUUAUGGCUUCCACAAUAACCACCAUCAGGACAACGACGCCGCUAGCAACAGCCCAUCCAGCAAGUUCAUCGACAAGUCUGCACGGUUCCCAUCAUCAUCGUCAUCCAGCAGUUGGAGCAGCUACAACAACAUUCUCACAAUCCCCAGUGACAUCGUUAGCAACUGCCACCACAUCACGACUAGCUCUAAAUGCAGCAGGAAGUGGUGCGGCAACAUCAUUGCUGUCGUUAUCAACAUUGCCACUGCCGUCACAGUCCUCAUCGACAGCUUACACAUCGCUGUGGGAAACUGCAACAACACUAACAACAAAUGCAUCCAAAUUACUCAAUUUAACUCCCAACACAGCUGAUGCAAUAACGGAUUCCAAUGAAAUCGAUACCAUGGACAUCAGCGAGGACGUUGAGGAUGAAAAUGAGAAUGAGCAUGAGGGAGACCAUGAUAGAGGAUUUCUUGAUAUGGAUUACGUCAUGAUGGCAAAACAUAUUGCUUUGUCAGAUGAGUCAACUAGUCGCGGGGGAGUAGUAGGAGCAGCAGCAGGAGAAGAAGAAACAAUAAGGAAUAGAAUAUGGUCGGAAACAUCAGCAGCCACAGUGGAAAUCGCAUUGCCAGAGGCAACAUUUCCAUCAUCAGCAUCGUCAUCGUUAAUAUCCACAAAGCAUACAUCGUCACCAUCAGUGACACUGGUCACACCUUCAAUGUCAACCGCAACAAUGCGACACAGAAACAAUCCCGCAGCGAUGACAACAACAAUAACGACAGCAACUGCUGCCGCUGCAGCUGUCUCAGCAUCAUCAACAUCUGCUGUGGCAGCCUCAGCUCUAUUAUCAUCAGCAUCAUUAGUUAAUCAACGAUUUAAUGCAAACAAGACUCGUUUAGAUGAUUUAUCAUCUCUGUCAUUGCUGAGUAGUCUAAAUGACACAUCUUCUGCAGACCCACAACUUGCCACAUCUUCCAUGUCCUUGUUGUCCUUGAUGGCUGAUGCUGCCAGCACCCCCACCCUCAGUCAGACCACCAGAAGUAUGCAUCCAGCCACUGUGGUUAGGAUUAGAAACGAUGAACAGAAUAUGCAUAACACCAACAGUCAUUUAACGGUUGACAAUGUCAAUGCAACAAUUGUGGCAAGUGGAGGAGGUGAAGGCGGUGGAGCUGGUGGUGGUGGUGGAAGUGCCUCUUCACAUCACCAUUCCCACUAUCACCAUCAUCAUCAGGCAGUAAAUACCUCUGCUUCUGCCACAACCUCCAACAGUCGCAACAACAGCAGCACCAAUCUUGAUUUGGCUGACAAUGGCUUUAUGAUGAGUGCCUCGGGAAAUAUUGGUGGAGAAGGCCCCAAACUCAAUGGCACUGGCACCACCCGCAUAUCGGCACGCAAAGUGGAGCACAAACAUCUGCUGCCGAAAUCCCACAAGACCGAUGCACCUAUGUUGAAUUAUAUUUUCGAUACAUUCUCAUCGGCUAACAAACAUCAUCAUCAUGAUCAGAGAUAUGGACCACACUUCGAAGAUGUUCAGCUGGUGGGAAAACCGACCAAUAUGACAGUGCAGGCGGGCAGUAGUAUACAUUUAAAUUGCAGAAUAUCCUUGCUACAAGAUAAGACUGUCUCAUGGGUUCGCCGGAAUCCAGGUGGAGAAAAUGCUUUGGACUUGUUAACGGUGGGACUGCACACAUACACCGGUGAUAAGCGCUAUAAAAUGGAAUUUCAAUAUCCCAACAAUUGGCGUUUGAAAAUUGUCAAUGUCAAAAAGGACGAUGAGGCCACGUACGAGUGCCAGAUAUCAACACAUCCGCCCCGGGUGAUACAAAUUAAUCUGCAUGUGAAUGCUCCCAAAGUUAUGAUUGUGGAUGAAUUCGGUGAUCCCUUGCAGGAAAAAUACUACGAACAAGAUUCCACAUUGCAGCUUUCAUGUGUUGUACGCAACGUUGCCAUGUCCACAUCUGUGGUAUUUUGGAAGCAUAGCGAGGAUGUGCUAAACUACGAUGUUACCCGAGGUGGCAUUAGUGUUAAAACCGAACUGAUGGACGAUGGCGCCAAUUCCACACUAUCCAUUGCCAAAAUCAAUAAGGCCGAUUCCGGUAACUAUACGUGCUCAAUUAGUGAAUAUCAAAACUACACCAUCAUUGUGCACAUCCUGAAUGGUGAAAGUUUUGCUGAAUUACAUCAUGGCAGUGCCAUCUGUUGGCGGUGCCCUAACCACCAGGCAUGGCCAAUUAAUUUCAUUGUAAUUGCAACAAUACUGCUGUCGCUGCUAUUAUCCGCCUACACUAACAGAUAAAAUUCAUUGCAAUUGGGACGAGUGCAAAGUGUUUGCCAUUAUCAACAGCAGCAGCAGCAGCAGCAGCCAAGGCAACAUCAACAACAGCAACAACUUUAGCUGCCGAUUGCUGUACAUCUUCGCGUAUGCCCUCAACGACAAAACCUUGGGCAAAAUGGGAAACUUUUUUAAUUGUCUAAAUGUUGGCCAAGGCAAAAGGAGGUGAACACAUACAAAAAAACACACAUGCAUCUAUGUGUGGAACUCUAUGUGUAAAACAAACUCGCCUCAUAAUGGUCCAACAUGGUCAAAAGUCAAUAUCCUAGAAAGUGUUGUUUGAGUGUUUUUUUUUGUUUUUGAUAUUUUCAAAAAAAAAAUUAUUUUCUACGCGUUAAGCAAUUCUUUGCAUUUGUUUUAGUAUUGCAUUUUUCAUUACUCAAGUUUAUUAUUUUAUUUAUUCCUAUACUUAUACACAUACCUUUACAAAUACAUAUAUGCUAGAUCAUACAUUUAUAGACACUUAUAUGAACAUUUCCGAUAAUAUCAAAUCUACAAACGUUUUUCUGUUCAACCAGCAAUUCAUAUGGAAACAAACGAAACAAAUGAAAAAUCUACCGGGGAAGAAUUUCCAAAACAAUUUCUGUUAUUAAAAAUAAUAACUCGAAUUAAGAGAAAUGAAAUUCUACACAAAACUCGUACCAAAAAAAAAAAAAAAAAACAAAUCUCACAUACACACAGUGCGAAAAGUUCUAAAAACAAUUGUCGAGGCUACACUCGAUGUAAGAAACACUUGGAAUUUUCCCUUGAACAGCAUCGUAAGGCAGAAAUUGAAAUGAAUCGUUAAAUUUCGAUAAAACUCAAAUAAUGGAAAUUAAAUUUAAAUUUAAUUUUACAGUGCGAAACGAAAGAAAAGUCCUAACCAACCAAUACAAAGAAACAAUUCCAAAUUCUAAGUCACCCACACAACCAUACAAAUAAAUUUAGAUAUUAAAAAAGAAAUUGACUAAGUAAAAAUUUAAAACAAAAUAAAUAAAUUAGGAAAUUUAAUUAAAAAUAAAAUCGAAACUAAUGAAAAUUUAUAGACUUUAAGUCAUUUCGUAUUAUUACGAAUUAUGAAAUUGUUUCAAAGGAUCGAAUUCAUUUGUCAUUUUUUUAUAAAUAUAUAUAAAUAUAC